AUGCGGCUAUCGUGGCACAAGCCGAUCGCGCCCGACUCGUUGCCGCAAAAACAAAUGUUCACCUCCCUCAUCCCGUGCAUGUUUUUGGUGUCCGCGUCCUCAGCGAAUGUUCUCAACCUCAGCAAUGGAGCCAUUAAAAAGUUUGUGGAUCUCCACAACCAAUAUCGCAAGGAGACAGGUGCUGGCCUGCCCGAUCUGACCUGGUCUCAGGAAAUGGCAUGUUACGCCGCAAAACUGGCCUCCAAGUGCAAGUUUGCUCACGACCCGGCGAAAAAGUACGGCGAGAACAUCUACAUGUCCAGCCAGAAACUGACAGACGUGAAGGCCGCCAUGGACUCUUCGGCCAGCUGGAGGUCCGAGAAAUCGCGCGUGGCCGCCGACAACUGGGACUGCGCCUACGACCUGAGCGAAGCAACGACGUGCGGUCACUACAGCCAGCAGGUGUGGAAAGCCACCAAGGAGAUCGGUUGUGGCGUGAGUGUGUGCGACUCGGGCACUAUGGUGUUUUGCGAGUACAAGCCGGCCGGCAACGUGAGGCGAUACGAUCCAGCCACCGGGAAAACUGUGAAUACUCCGCCCUACUAG